AUGCACGAACUUCUUGAUCUGUCGCUAAAAGGUGAUAAGUUGUCACAAGAGGGAGUGGAGGUGGAAUUGGGGCCACUUAAACUGUUGGAAGGAAGGGAAAUGAUGCUCUGCCAAGCGGCUAAGGGAGGGGAGAGCGCGGUGAAGAAAUGGUGUGAGAAUCAUCAUAUCAUGGGACAGUGGUCCUCACGUUCGGGUACUUCAUUACCCCUUUUGAUGACCCGAUAG